AUGGACAACAACGAAAUACCAGAAACACAACCUUUGACGCUUGCCGAAGGCUCGUCGAAUCGAUCAGAAUCGGAUUCUGAGUCCGGGGAUGGUGACGGUGUGGACUAUAGUGGACAUUUUUUGACAAACGAAGUGUUUCCGAGUUUUGAGGAUGUUGUUCUAUGGGCACAAAAUGUUUGUCGACCGCUCGGAUUUAUGUUAGUGAAGGCUUCUUACAAGACCGAUCGGAGUGGUCGACCGUAUCGAUAUGUUGAGUAUGUCAGAGUAGUAAAUGGUUGGAAGCUUAGUUGCUUGAACGGAACUCACAAUCAUUCUUUGGUUGUUUAUCCCGAGGGACAUCGACAAAUUAGUGGUCUUAGUAUUGCUGCUAAGCAGGUAGUGCGUGACAUGACUCAGGCACAGGUGCCACCUCGACAUAUCAUGAGAACUCUUGUAGAAAAGUUUCCCGGAGACCAUCCUAACAUCAGGCAUGUCUACAACUGCAGAAGUAAAAUAAGAAUGGAGCAAUUUGAAGGAAGAGAAGUAGUUCACCAGGUGAUUCAUUUGGCCAGACAGAGCAAAUACCUCACUUGGGUUUUUACUGAUUCCAACAAUGUGUUGCAACACGCUUUCAUGGCACACCCGAUCAUGACAAAUUUGCUUCGCACAUACCCGUACGUGAUAGGUAUGGAUUCCACUUACAAGACGAAUCGAUACGACAUGCCAUUCUUUGAGAUUGUUGGGGUUACACCGACUAAUCAAAACUUUCUUGUUGCAUACGCAUUCAUGAGGUUAGAGUCUCAGGAAAGUUAUCGGUGGGUGCUUGAGGUUGUUGAUCGGUCAUCAUAG